AUGCUAAAACAUUUCUUAAUACUACUCUUUCAUAUAUCUUUCUUAGUAUCAAUUACUGAAGGCAUUUCAUGUUAUAAGCAUACUUCAUGUUCACCUAAAGGAUCUUGUAUAGUCGACGGAAACAAAUAUCAAUGUUCAAAUGCUGAACUAUUCUGCUUUAACAAUAAUAUUUUUUUCGAUGUUGCUGAACGUGGUUGUGCUGACACAUCUACGUGCAAUUCUAGUAUACCAAAUCCUGGGCGUUUUUGUUGUAAUACAGAUUAUUGCAAUCAAGCUAUUUCAUCUGUUCAAAUAAGCCGAUCGAUUCUAUUGGCAUCUAUAUUUAUUAGAGUUUUCGUGAUUAAUUCUCUAUCAAAAGCUUUUAUAUGA